GUGACCCAACAAUCAACCCCUGAAAAAGGCGGUCAUAAAACCCCCAGGGGAUGAAGACGAUGGCACGUCGUGACCCCAAAACCGGGGCAAACAGACUCGUGCGAGCCCAGACCCUCCAGAAGCAGCGGAGGGCCCCAGUUGGGCCAAGGGCUCCCCCGCCCGAUGAAGAAGACCCCAGGCUCAAGUGCAAAAACUGCGGGGCCUUUGGCCACACGGCCAGAAGUACCAGGUGCCCCAUGAAGUGCUGGAACGCAGCCCUGGUUCCACAGACCUUUGGGAAAAAGGAAGGGAAGGAAAACCUGAAGCCGUGGAAGCCCCGGAUUGAAGCGAAGCCGGGGCCCUUGAACAAGGAUAAGGGAGAGAAGGAAGAGAGACCAAGGCAACAAGACCCGCAGAGGAAGGCUCUCCUCCACAUAUUUUCCGGCAAACCUCCAGAGAAGCCGCUGCCAAAUCGAAAAGGAUCCACGGAAUCUUCGGAUUAUCUGAGGGUUGCAAGCGGGCCAAUGCCGGUCCACGCAACCAGUAAGAGGCCGCGCGUGGACCCUGUCCUCACCGAUCGCUCAGCUACCCAAAUGUCUGACAGGGGCUCCGCCUUGGCUUCACUGUCUCCCCUCAGAAAAGCCAGUCGGAGCUCCUCCUCAAGUCUUGGAGCAAAGGAAAGACAGACAGGGGCUGCGGCCGACAUCCCUCAGCCUGCAGUGAGGCACCAGGGCCCCGAGCCUCUCCUCGUGGUGAAGCCGACACACAGCAGCCCUGAGGGUGGCUGCCGAGAAGUUCCCCAGGCCGCCUCCAAAACCCACGGCCUGCUCCAGGCCAUCAGCCCCCAGGCACAAGACCAGCUUCCUGCGGUGACCUCACAGCCCUGCCCACCAGCCCCCACACAGGGCUUGGGCCUCGGCUCCAAUCUCAGCUUCAGGCCAGGAGCCAAGAGACCUGCGCAGGCUCCGAUUCAGGCUUGCCCGAACUUCCCCAAGAAACCGAGACUGGGUCGCUUCCAGAUCCCCGAAAACGCCACCCAGGGAGUUGAGCUGGGGGCCCCGGAGAAUCUGCAACCUCCGCCAGCCGCAACGGAACUUGGACCAAGUAGGUCGCCCCAGAUGGGCAGGAGGACACCCGCCCAGGUGCCCAGCGUCGACCGGCAGCCACCGCACAGCAGACCUUGCCUGCCUACCGCCCAGGCCUGCACCAUGUCCCAUCACCCAGCGGCCAGCUAUGAUCCGGCCCAGCCUCUCAGAGUGCUCUUCCGGAGACUGGAAAACGGAUGCUGGAGCUCCAGCCUCCUGACAGCCCCCUCAUUUCACUCUCCUGAGAAGCCGGGAGCCUUCCUCGCUCAGAGCCCUCGUGUCUCAGAGAAGUCCGAGGGUCCCUGUGUUCGUGUCCCACCGAGCGUCCUCUAUGAGGACCUUCGGGUUUCCUCCUCCUCAGAGGACAGCGAUUCUGACCUGGAGUGAGACUGCAGGUGGCAGGGGCUCCUUGGCCUCCAGCUCCCGUGACUUGGAGGGGACUGUGGGACUGAGGAGCGGUAGAGCACGGAGCAGACUCUGUGCGGUGACUCCGAAGCUCCCCGGCUGCGGCGCCUCUGUGGAUGUGGGAGCCCAGGCCAGGCAGGGAGCAGAUGCGGGGACUCUGCCUCCUUGAAUUCUGGUGAGGGACAUUGUAGUUCGCAUGGGUAUCCGGAAACGCGCCAGGAAAAGCUUCCGUGCCAGUGAUUCGUUGCCUCAGAAACUGCCUGACGCGCAGGAGUCAGACUUCCGCUGGGACGUCAAUAGGAAACUGGGGAACUACUGUGUAUUUGCUCUCUAGAUGACUGAAUAAGGGAAAAGUUAGGGAACCCUGAGAGGUGCAGCCCUCCCGCUGUGCCCCGCCCUGAGAGCAGUGUUUCGGACGCUGUGAAGCGUGCUGUGCAAAGCGCUCUCGGGGUCUUUCCUCAGCCUCGAAAACUGGGCUCUGGAAUGCCUUUGUAAAUAUGUGUGUUUCAUUGGUUUUGAAGUGAAUAAAAUUCUCAAAAAGAUGACAUAUUGUCUUUUGACUCUCAUUCCGUGUUUGUGUUUAACUGAUUUUCCAAGCGAAGGGGUGGCCUGCCCCUCCACACCUGUGGGUGUUUCUAGUCGGGUGGGAUGAGAGACGGAGAAAAGAAGUAAGACACAGAGACACAGUAUAGGGAAACAACAGUGGGUCCAGGGGACGGGCACUCAGCACACCGAGAACCUGCAGCGGCACCGGCCUCUGAGUUCCCUCAGUUUUUAUUGAUUACGAUUCUCAUUAUUUCAGCAAAAAGGAAGGUAGUAGGAGAGCAGGGUGACAAUAAGGAGAAGGUCAACAAAAAACAUGUGAGCAAAGGAAUCUAUAUCAUAAUUAGGUCCAAGGGAAGGUACUCUGCCUGGACGUGCACGUAGGCCAGAUUUAUGUUUCUCUCCACCCAAACAUCUCAGCGGAGUAAAGAAUAGCAAGGCAGCAUUACUGCAAACAUGUCUUGCCUCCCGCCACAGGGCAGCUUUUCUCCUAUCUCAGAGUUGAACAAAGGUACAAUCGGGUUUUACACCGAGACAUUCGGUUCCCACGGGCAAGCAGGAGACAGUGGCCUUCCUCCAUCUCAACUGCAGGAGGCUUUCCUCUUUUACUAAUCCACCUCAGCACAGACCCUUAACGGGUGUCAGGCUGGGGGACAGUCAGGUCUUUCUCAUCCCACGAGGCCAUAUUUCAGACUAUCACAUGGGGAGAAACCUUGGACAAUACCCUGCUUUCAAGGGCAGAGGUCCCUGCGGCUUUCCACGGCAUUGUGCCCCUGGUUUAUUGAGACUAGAGAGUGGCAAUGACUUUUACCAAGUAUACUGCUUGUGAACAUUUGGUUAACAAGGCACGUCCUGCACAGCCCUAGAUCCCUUAAACCUUCAUUUCAUACAACACAGGUUUUUGUGAGCUCCAAGCUGGGGCAAAGCGGCUGGGGCAAAGUGACUGGGGCAAAGCUACAAAUUAACAACAUCUCAGCAAAGCAAUUGUUUAAAGUACAGGUCUUUUUCAAAAUGGAGUCUCUUGUGUCUUCCCUUUCUACAUAGACACAGUGAGAGUCUGAUCUCUCUUUCUUUUCCCUACAUCCAAGGGCUUGAAAAUUUCUUGACUUGUUAGCAACCCAAAUCGUUAUGUCUCCGAAACAGAGUUGACUGAGGGCACCGCAGGGCUGGGCAGGACCUUUGACUUCUUAUCCAUCCACAGGAGCAAGAAAACCUCAGCCCCACUCUACCGACACGCACCUAGUAAAAUUCCGCCAACUGAAUCUCACGCACGCUAACACGUGGGGAGGGUUGCUUGCACCACGAGUCCCCAUUUGGCUCAACCGCCGAUGCCAAAUGUGUGGCCCCAGUUACGACGGCCCCCGUGAAGUGGCUUCCGGAUGUGCGAACGAACCAGGCAGAGUUUCAUUGGCCAAAUAGACCCCAGCAAAGCUGAAGUUAACUCCCAGAUUUGGGAUGUCCUUCCGAGGUAAAACAUUCAUCCCGUCUUCUUUCCGGAUGUCUGACACCGGGCCUUUCCAUGGUUCUCCCCCUGAUCCUAAGAGUAGCUGAGGUAGAGACUCACUGAAAGAUCUAGGCAGGGAUAUCCCAUCAUGCACAGGCUAUCUCCAUUCUCUGACCUGGGAACAACUCUGAGCGGGAUUCCACAUCUAGGAGGCCUCGGAACGGAGCGGGAUUUUCUGAGACACACCAAAUGGCUGCUCCCUUUGCACCGCUGAUGAGGGUCGUUAUCUUGAUUAUCCAGAUCACCUAGAAAGUAUCCGUAUCCAGAAUCCAUAAGAUCAACUCUCUGCUCCUCUGACAGCAGAAGGAGCAUGACCACAAUGAACCAAAGAGGGUGGAAGGAAACGAUGUGAGACCAGAAAGCUCAGAGAACGGCCACAGGGGGUCGUAAGCAGGGCUUCCAACCUGAAUCAUGAAUAAUUAAUGAAGCGCAAAUCAAAGGGGAAUCGAGUCUCAGCAGGUGCAAUUUAUCCAACGGGAGAUCGCCGGAGGGCCAACAAGAUUGAGAAACUGGGAGUCGGGUGCAGUGUCAAGGGGGACGCGACUGGUUCCAAAGCUCAAGAAGACCAUGGGGUCACUUGGGCUACAUGAGAAAACGCCCCAGUGUGCUGCUUCAGCAUUCCGACUCCUGCCUGUCCCUUCCCAUCCAAGGGACAUGGACCCUAACUCCUGCAGGUGCAGAUGACCAUGGGCAGAAUUAAGGGUCGUGGCACAAAAGUUCACCGACACGGGAGUUCCACAGGAGGUCCGGUG